CGCUCAACUGAGGGCUAGAGUGAGUGAGACACCAGGAGAGUAAGAAGGACAGGGUAAAAAGAAAGACAUGUGAGUUUUAGCAAAAACAGCUUGAGCCGUGAGAUUUCUGCUGGGAGGAAGAAAGGAAGGAAGGAAACCACCUGUGGAGAUGGAAAGUCCAACCACCCCACUGUACCUCAAUGUGAGCACAGAGAUGUUCAACUCUUCAUCAGAACCGACCAAAAAUGAGAAGGGUUUCAGCGAGGCGACGAUGAUUCUGCUGGGCAUGGUCAUGUCGUUGCUCAUCUUGUGUAUUGUUUUCGGCAACAUCCUGGUCAUAACGGCCAUCGCCCGCUUCCAGCGUCUCCAAAACGUCACCAACUGUUUCAUCACCUCCCUGGCAUGUGCCGACCUGGUAAUGGGUCUGGUCGUGGUCCCCUUCGGUGCCUUUUAUAUCAUCUUCAAGACCUGGCACUUCGGUAGUUUCUGGUGCGAGUUUUGGACGGCAACCGAUGUUCUCUGUGUGACCGCCAGCAUCGAGACCUUGUGUGUCAUCGCCAUUGACCGGUACUUGGCCAUCACUUCGCCUUUCCGCUACCAGACCAUGCUGACAAAAUGUAAAGCUCGCAUUGUGGUGGUGCUGGUGUGGGUCAUUGCUGCCUUGAUCUCCUUCCUGCCCAUCCACAUGAAGUGGUGGAUCUCUGACGACAAAGAAGCGAAGGAGUGCAUCGAGGAUAGCAACUGCUGCGAGUUCUACACCAACAUGGCUUAUGCCAUCACCUCCUCGAUCAUCUCCUUCUACAUCCCCUUGGUCAUCAUGGUAUUUGUCUACAGCCGUGUUUUCCAGGAGGCCAAACGCCAACUCAAAAAGAUCGACCAAAGCGUGGGACGAUUUCACAACAGCGACAACGUCAGAUCUUUGGAGGCCAACAGCGGGCGUGGGAAUAGGAAGGUGAAAUUUUGCCUGAGGGAACACAAAGCCCUAAAAACUUUGGGCAUCAUCAUGGGGAUCUUCACUCUGUCCUGGCUUCCCUUCUUUCUGCUCAACGUGGUGGUGGCCAUAUGGAAAGUUGAAGAUAUUGACCUCACUUUUAGGAUUCUCAACUGGGUAGGCUACGCAAACUCAGCCUUCAAUCCGCUCAUUUACUGCCGGAGCCCCGAGUUUAGAUACGCCUUUAAGGAAAUCCUCUGUCUCAAAAGGAACCACGUCUCCAAAGAGGGGCCUGUCAAUGGAUACAUCUAUAACAGACACAGCUGGCAGAGCGAGCAGCAAGGGCGGAGUAAAGGCAGCUCGGAAGACAGCGACGCCAACGAGGGUUGUCUGGAGAAAGGGCCGUCUGUUGGCAGUGUUGAGGAAAAAGCAGUGGACUCUAAUUGGAACUGCAGCAAAGCCCUCACAACUGUAUCAGCUGUACUUUAAACAAUGACACUUUUGCCAAGAGGGCAACUUUGAUGUUUACACUGCUGUCAUGAACACAUUGACUUUAGCAGGUAAGACCAGUGCAGCAGCACAGUAGACUCAUGGAAUGCAACAGUAUAUUUAUCACGUUACAAAAAUACUGUUGGCACAUUUUACUCAUUCAUUUUGUGCAUAUCACAUCUACCUCACCACGUCUUCUUGAAUGUGCGCUUGCCUUUCAAUAACACAAUAGCACACAGAUGCUGCUCACUUUAAAAACGGUGGAUCUCAAAGCCUUUAUGUGGUGUAGAUUCAUUAGAUUGGAUUACACAUUUGAUGGUGCUUCAUUUAAAUCGAUACAUUCCACAGCAGUCCAGUUAUUUUAUUAGAACAAAAUAGCUGAACAACAGGUUGGGCGUUAUUCUCUUCAGCUGUAUUAUGAGGGCCCCGCUUGCUUGAUCUGCCUUUUACAGCCUGCUUCAUGGGAGGUUGUGUCGCAGAUAGCGUCGCUGAUAAAUAACACUUAUCUCCGUCUCAAUGGCGCAAGAUGAACAACGCCUGGGGGUAUUUUCUGUUGGCUGCAAGAUAAAGGCCUGCACGUUUGUUGAGCAAUUAACAAUUCCAUUAUCAGUAGACAGGCUCGAUAUAGGCUUUUUACCAAUAUCCGAUAUAUCAAUAUUACCCAGCACUUUAUUACCAAUAUCGAUAUUGGCAGCAGCUUGACAAUAUUGACAACAGUAAAACUUUUUGUGGAAAUGUACAAAAAUAAGGGCAAUAGUUUGUUUUAUCACAGUCUUGAAGAUUCAGCUAAAAGAUGCCCAUUAAACCAAAAAUAACUAACUCAAAAUUGUACAUUUUUUGCUAACUAUAACUGUGUGUACAUACUGUACAUUUAGAGAUGCUCUAUAUUGUCUGUUUUACUGAUAUCUGAUAUUGUCCACCAAUUCAUUACCGAUACCGAUAUUGGCAGCAGCUCUUCCUUCAAACUAAGGUCACAUUUUGCGUAAUGAAUGAGCGCAUGAUUCUUUUUUUUACUGCAAUAUGCAAUGGAAGUUAUCGAAAAAGUGCCAUAUUUAUUUUGAACAUUUUGUCUAAACAAAAUAGUCAUUCUAAAAAUCAUGACCAAGAGGCGACUUUUACAACAUGUCUUCCUACUAUCAAUCAGUAAGACAGGUUAAUCUUGAUAAUUCACUAAUAAGAAUCCAGUAAUAUAAUAAUAAUAACAAUGAAAAAAUCAUAGUGAAAAGUAUGAAUCCCUGGAACCAAAAUAAUAAAAAUAAAAGUAUGAAAGUACAAUCAGUACUACAUUCAAAUCUACCAUCGCUUGUUAUUGAGCUGCAGGCACGCCAGCUGCGAGUGAGUCUGGGUGAUUCUUCCUGAGGUAUGAUAUUGGAUUAGAACUAUUCAGAAGACGCAUUACUCCCCCCUUGGCAGCUCUUUACAGUCAUUGCAAAUUGCAUAUUUACAAUCUGAAUGCGAGACUUCAGACCACUGACAUACCGGGCUAGCAAGCUUGCUGCUGUGCGGAGCACGACGUCAUCACUCAUCGGAUAUCCCUCGUUCUCAGCGCUAGUAAGGAUAGUCUUUGCAAAUCUGUCAGCAGCGCAACGUGCAGGUGUCGUUUAUUACGUUCAGCGCACUGGUUCAUUUGAAAGUAAUGCCCCAAUUGAUGCACACAUGCGGUUUGUUUCUUAAAUGUUUUGAAUGUACUGUUUACAAUGUGUGUUUAUGCACAAACCCGACACAAUAAUAACGUGAGGGUGAGAAUAGCCGAGACAUAACAAUCGCCCGGCAUUUGUUUAGGACUUAUCAUACUCAUGAAAAGAGACAAGAAGUGCACCUUUGUCACUUCAUCCUGAUGUUUCCCAGACAUUCCUUUCCCUUAAAUGCAUGUCUGUGCUAUCAUGAAAUAAUCCAGAGGAGUGUCAGCGCAGUAUUCCUGCCUUGGUGUUUCUGUCUAUCAGGAAGUGGCUCAAUCCAACUGAGCCCAGCCCGUUAAACAAGAGUAAAUCCAUUAUCCCCGGUGUCUCCUCCCUUAAAACAACACUGCCAUACAAAGUUCUCAGUUUGAAAGUUGGCAUCCCCUAAAAGGCCAAUGUCAUAUUAGUCAUAUGUGGACAAGUUUAUGGGGACUAAAUCUAACACUCCCAGACUAAAUUGCCUGGACCAGAACAUUGCUCAUGGAUAACAGAGUUGUAGUAUGCUUUGAACACAAUCAAUGUUAGUGUCCUGUGUUUUGUAGACAUAGUCUUGCCCCCUGGUCCGAUGACGCCAUCAAAACUGUGAACUUUGUAUCUCUAUGCACUGUAUCGCUCGCACGGCACAGCGUAAGAAACUGACGCUAGUAUAAGGUCUUUAUACGUCAAUGUUUGUGAAGUGAAAAAAUAAGCUUUCCUAUCAUAUUUUUCCCCUCCCUGUUUUUCUUUUUCAUGGAUUUAUUGCAAAGUAAAUGAAAGGGUUGAAUGUCAUAACAAAUGCUCUCCAGAUGUAUUUUCACUGUGCAUCAGAAAACAGGAAGGACUUAUAGAUUCCUGAUGUACAUUUGAUUUAAUUACACACAGUUCUGUCUCUUAAUCUGUCACUGUGGAUUUCACUGUCACUUUUGAGUUUUGUACGGAACAUAGCUGUCAUUUCUGGGAUGGAUUUAUAAACUGAUUUAGUUGGCAUGGUAAAUCUGUCUCUGUGCUGAUGUGCCAUUGCUGUUUCUUUUCAAAAUAGCCAUCUGCUUAGUCCCAUUAAUGGGGGCUUUGAACUAUACUGCUCCCUCCUGGCAGCCCCCUCUCCUUGCACCUGAGCUCUGAUUUAUUAUUAGUGAUUUAUUAUUAGUGGUGCAACACAGUAAUUAAAAUGAAGACAAGACAAAUGACAACAUUCCAAUACUGAAUACGUGCCAAAAGAGGAGAUAAUGGUUCUCAAUUUAAAGUGCAGAAUGACUCAAGGGUUAUGCUGGUCAUAUGUACUUUAAUGUUUAUGUGACUGUGCAUAUGGACAUUUGUGUUCCUGUUUGCAGAGACUGGGGGAAUGUUUGUCUCUCGUCAUAUGAAAGGCUAUUGUGGCUAAGUGAGGUGUCUAUUAAUAUUAACUAUGCUUCAGCUAUUAUGUGAAAAGUGGUCUCUCUCGCAGCUGAAUGUUUACUCGAUGUUUUUCCGUCACGCGCAAGUUUGUCGUGGGAAAUAAGUCUGUUGCAUCAUGUGCUGUCCUGUGAUAUAUUUAUGAACACCUGGAGCUAUUGUAUUGAAAUAAAUUAUUUACUUGUUGCAUGAACUGUCCUCAUUUUGUGAGCAUUAAA